AUGCCUCACAUCACCACGGCUAUGCACAACAGUGUGCGGAGGGGGCUUGGGGAGUUUAUGGUCAACAGCCUGCUGGGGAGGAGAAGCAUAACGCAAGAUGUGACGAACUCCUUCUCCAGCUGGGAUAGUUGCAUGAAUGCCGAUUACUGCAAGUGGCCCGUCAUAGCUGGCAUCGUCAUCGCUUCCCUCAUCGUCCUCUCGGUCCUCACCUGUAUCGGCCGUGUUUGCUGCUGCGGCGCGUCGUGUUGCUGUGCAUGUUUCUCUUUCCUGAGCUGUUGCGAUUGCUGCGGGGACAGCUGUGCCGGCAAGAAGGAAAAACCUCACAAGCACCUAGAUGAUCCAUUUACCAAUGGCCAUGCAGCGCACCGGGGCUACCAGGCUCCGCCGCCCAUGAUGGGCGGAGCCCUCCCUCCCCCUCUCACGGCACCCUUCCCUGCAUCCGGCCACGCGGCGGGUACCUUAAUGCCUCUGGCCUCCAAGAGACCCGAACCAACGCAGUACGCACAGUUUGAAGUCGGGAAGAACGGACUGUAUGUGGAGCCCAAGACGGUUGAAUUGCAUGAGGAUGCUCUUCCGCCCAUGCCGAGCUGGGAUACGGCGGCCAAGAAACACGUCGAGGAUGAGAAGAACGCGGUGGAGUUGCAACUGCUCGAACCUGCUUCCGGGCAGAAGAUGUCCCUGGCGGCUGACGCUGCUGUGGCGGGGACGAGUGGACCCCCAAGCCCUAUGGAAGGGCUGGGGAAUCGAGCAGGAAAAAAUGGAUAUAUGGGCAUUGCUGGGGACAACUACGGGCAGAACCGAUCUGCGUACAGUGUGAGACACGCAUCACCUUCCCCAGGAAUGGCUGGACAAGGCCGAGGUGGAUAUGGGGGGAAAUCACCCGGGGGCUAUGAUGGGUAUGGGCAAGCAAGAGGCUUCGAGCAGGAUCAAUACGGGCAGAGUGCGCCUGGAGGGUAUGAAGCGCAGGGCCGUGGCUACGAUACCCUGCCACAGGAAGGGUAUGCUGACGGUAACGGCUUCGGAGCUGCUGCUGCUGGGUACGGACCCAGAAAACCGCCGCUGCGCCAGUAUGCCAACGACCAGUACUCCACCGACGGUCGUUCUCCUCCGAACCGUCAAUACACGGGCGACUCGUCCCGUGCAAUGACUCCUGGUCGUCAGUACAGCGAUCAAUCCUACGGCCCCGACACCUUUGCUCAAAACGCCCCCCCUCGCGGACCUUCGAGAGGACCUGAUCCGAAUGGCGGAUACAAUAACGGCCCAAUACCUCGCGGUCCCUCAAGAGGUCCAGGGCCCAAUGACGGCUACAAUAACAAUCCCAUUCCCCGCGGGCCCUCUCGAGGACCCAGUCCCAAUGAUGUGUACAACCAAUUCCCUCUCCCCCGCGGCCCAUCAAGAGGACCCAGCGGUGGACCAGUGAACACCGCCGCUCCAGCACCAAACAACAAUUCCGGCUUCGACUUUGGAAUCGGGUCAACACGCCCUUCGCCGCCUCCACAACAGCGCUUCUCCCCGCCUCGUCAGCCAUCUUUCGCAUCGGAGCUUCCAGCACACGACGUACAACAGGGCUACUUCGACAACGCGGGUACGACCGCACGUCGCACUCCGCCGCCACUAGAAACUGCUUAUCCGGGAUAUAGGCCGUAUGCGCCUGCAAACAAGGGGCAGGGGACACCGUCGGCCCUGACGCCCGGGGGAAAGGAUGAACCGGAGAGGUGGGAUCCGGUGCGGGAGUAUUAA